GCUGGACAUUUUGUUCAAAAGUGGGACACAGGGUACUUUGGGACAACUUGUGCACCCCUCUAGUGAGGCAUACCUUGUUACUGUGUUCAUUUAGUAUCGUAAGCCUAUGUCUUUUUUUCAAAUGAGUAUAUGAAAACGAUUAGAUAAUACAAUUAUAAAAAUUAAAUAAAAAGAAUAACAAAUUUAUUGGUUGAAGGUUUGCAUGGCGAAGUAAUAACAUAUGUUGAAGCUUGCAGUACACCACGUAGGUAGUUAUGAAAAGAACUGCUGUAGUUGAGAAAGUCUUGACGUUUCAAUUGAGUUGCUUCAAUCGUCUCCUUUCCUAAGUAAGUUCAAAUGUUUAUUUUUAAAUGAGAAAUUGCUGUAUCUAAAUUUCCAGAAUUUACUCCUGGUGAACGUCUUUCCGGUUUCCAUUAGGAACCAAUGAUUACAUAAUUACUUUUGCUAAUUAGAUCUUGUUAAUUAAAAUGUGUGUUUUUCCUUUUUUUUUUAAUUGUAAAAUGCAGUUGUAAUAAUGAAUUACUUAAAUAUGUUUUUUUUUUUAAAUGUACGAUGCUCCCAGCUUGGGAGCAUCGUCGCAUGCUAGCUCACUCCUCUAUCAGGUCAACAUUUCUCUAUUUGUGUACUCAAAAUGAUUUAUUUUUCUCAUAGGCCUAUCUGGAGAAAGAAGAAUUUUUUAUUGAUUAUUAUAAUUGUUGUUGGCCGGGCUUUUGUUUUAUAAUUACUGAAUUAUAUUGAGUUAUAUUUAUUAUUCUUAUAAAUUUCAUUAUAAUGGUUGUUAUCGUAUUUAUUAUCGUAGUUGAAUGGUAUACAAACAGUGAGAAAGAUAUUGGGAUGACGCAACCUACGGUACUGUACUACAGAUUGGAAGCACGUUCACACGAACACGUCCUACGCAUUUCUUUUCGGAUCGGGUGUAAACGCAGCUUUAAUCUUUAUUUAGGACAUGAUUUGUGCCGAAUCGCCGUUUGGGUAAAAAACGUCAGGUGGUUACAGACGCGUGAGUCUGUCCUGCAAUCUAAUAGCCAUCAAUUAUCUUAACCCCAGUUGACCCAAAACCUGACAACAAAGCUGCGCAAAUACUUAUCUUCUCAACAAUCAAGCUGACCCAAUGUCCAAUUGACCCAAAACCUGACAACAAAGCUGCGCAAAUACUUAUCUUCUCAAUAAUCAAGCUGAGCCAAUGUCCAUAACUGUAUUUGUCAGCAGUGGCGCUCGCAACGAAGAUAAUUAUUCAGAUACUGCGAUACGAUUUUGGAAAUCAGCUGUACUUAUCGUCAACGCUGUCAUUAUGUUAUUGAUAGCUAAUAGCGUUUCUUGUAUAUUCCAUGACUAGGAUGAUAUUUCAAUUUGAUUUUCCAUCAUCACCCGCAUGGCUUCUAUUACUCGCCAUCAUGGUCGCCACGUGGUUGUACAUAAACGUGCGUCGACCACCUGGAUUGCCACCUGGACCAUUUCCUUAUCCAAUCAUAGGAAGCACGUUUGAUCUUAUAGGAGAUGUUCCACCUUAUAAGACUUUCAAGCGAAUGUCAGAAACAUAUGGAAAUGUAUUUUCCAUAAAACUGGGAUCAUAUUGGGCCGUCGUCGUUAACAACUAUGAGUUGGUACACGAGGUGUUGCUGACAAAGCCCAAUGACUGUAGUGGACGUCCACGUACAUUUCUAUUUGACUGGUAUACAGACGAUAAACAAGAUAUCACUGCAGCCCAGCCUACUUCAAUUUGGAAGCAUCAUCGUAUGCUAGCUCACUCCGCUAUCAGAAAAUUCGCAUCUGGUGAAUAUUUACAAAACGUUACCGAACAAAUCAGACCACUCUUGCAAGAAAUUAUGACAGAGAAGCUGAAAGGACCCUUUGACCCCCACGACGUCGUUGGUUUUGCUGUUUAUAAUGCAAUUGCCACCAUGUGCUUUGGUCACAGAUAUGAAGUGAAUGAUCCAAGACUUAACAAUAUUAUGAAAAAUUCAAGAAAAGUCGUCAAAGGACUUGGUAAUGGAUGGACUGCCGACUUUAUCCCAUGGUUUCGUCAUGUUCCAAAUCCAUAUUUUUAUAUUUUCAAAAAGGAUGCUGCUAAAUUCCAUUCACUGAUACUGAAUGAAAUAGAAUGUCAUAGAGAGAGCUUUGAUCCAGAUCUUCCCGCGAAGGAUUUUCUUGACAUUCUGCUGAAAUCCCAAAAGGAAGAUGAAGAUGAAGGAAAAGAGGAUGAUGUUAAGAACAGGAUAACUAAUGUGAACAUAAAGCAAAUUAUGUCUGAUAUAUUCCUUGCCGGUGUUGAUACCCAGACAACAACGUUAUUGUGGGGCAUUGCAAUUUUAGUGGAUAACCCAGAUGUGCAAGAAAAAAUCCAAAAAGAAAUUGAUGAAGCUUUAGGAGAAAGACCUCCAAAACUAAGUGACCGUGGAAAAUUGCCGUACACUGAGGCUACCAUCAUGGAGUUAUUUCGUUAUAGGACUGUGUCACGACUUGCAUUGGCCCACCUGGCAUUAGUUGACACGACAAUCGGCCCAUACAAGAUACCUGCAGACACGAUUGUGUUUUUAAAUUUGUGGGCGCUUCAUAAUGAUCCAAAAUAUUGGCCAUCGCCAGAGAAAUUUCAACCCGAAAGAUUUUUGGAUUCAUCAAACACUGUUAUACAGCGUCUACCGAGUUUCCUUCCGUUCUCCACUGGUCGCAGAGUGUGUGUUGGAGAAUCAUUGGCUAAAGCUAACAUUUUUCUGACAUUUGUAUGGCUGAUACAGAAUUAUAUAUUCAGCAAACCUGAAGGAGUCGAGGGUCCAGUAGCUGUGCACGAUAAACCCGGAGUAGUGAACGUUCCUAAGCCAUACAAGGUCCUUGCUAAGAGCAGGAACACAGUGUACCAUACCUAAUGAUACGUACAUGCUUAAUCGAAAUAAUAACACAUUCAAAAUCACUGUUUUAGAAAACAGUUUACUUAUAUGUUUUCUUGUAUGUCUGGGCCUAUCAUACGGAGACGAAAUAAACAAACAGCGCCACCACAGAAAGUCGGGACUCAAAGUACUGUACGGAGAUCGUCUCAUCAUUUCGAGAUCUAUUUUUUUUUUUUUUUUUUUGUUUCUUGCUCGUUAGAUGUUAUUUUACUCUAUUUUAAAAAGAAAACGUUUCGUAAAAGCUGAAUUAGAGAAAUUGCAAUUCAAACUUGGUGAAUUUUUACCCUGUUUGUACAGCAUAGGCAUUUAAACCUAGGAUAAGUCUGUUUGUCAUCCGGUCUAGGCUUAGAGAGCGACUGUCUGUCUGUGUGUUACCAGGGAACCGUUAAAUCUCGCUGUUCCCUGGUGUUACCAUACUAUUACUGUUAAUGGUUGUUUAUCAACUGCCCUCUGCGGUAGAUUUUUAAAGUAUUGUAUUUAGAUUAAAAUCAGAAAAACA